UUUUCGACCGUUAGAGAACUAACCGUUACACUUUACACCAUUACAGAACGACACUCCCAUCUUCCUCUGAUCCUUGUCAAGCCUCUCUUACCACUUGACUUCCCUCCAGUCAUUUCUACUACCAACGCAAAUUGCGCUCUCUAUCAAUCUUCACUCUUGUUUAUUAAUUAAUAAUAAUAAUAAUCCCCAAUUUCACAAAACCCUAAUCUGAACUGCAAAAUGGCGGUGGCAGAUGGAACCGGCGGUGGGACCAUUAUCAUUGACGAGACUUACGAAUUCUCUGCACCGCGAUUUUUCGAUUUCACUAAAGGGGAAUCUGAUGAUGAAAUUCGUAGGGCUGAGCUCUGGUUUCACACUGCUCUCUCCUAUGCUCCUUCUCCAUUCAUGCCUAAAAUCAAGGCUGGUAGAUCCAUUACUGUUGGUACCUUGUGUGAUUUUAGUGAAGCUGACGAUAUGCCUAAGACGUCAGCAAAUGUGGAAGAGAGUAGUGUUCUCGAAUCAAAAACACAACCUCAGAGCAUGGCUAGCAAAAUAAAGGAAGAGGAUGAAGACAAUAAAGAAAACCUAACAACUCCUUCGCACGUGAUUUCUACCAAUAAGAAAGACGAUGCACCAUGCUGCGAGGUCAAAGAAGAAAGUAAUUCAACUACUUCUGUUGAGGAUUCUGUUGGUAAGAAAGAGAGUGAUCAUAAAGGGGAUAGCUUAAAAGUAUUACCAUCUGUUGAAGUAGGAAAAGAUGCUUGCACACCAAAUCCAGCAUUGAGGAAAAAUGUCACUUCCUCUUCCACUAUUUCCAAGAAGCUACAGAACUCUAAGAAGGUAACCACGAAUACCAAAACUCGGUUGCAGUCAGCAGCCAAAAAGAGCACUGCAGGGACUCCCCACUUGGCCCAAGAGAAUCAAGCUAUUAAGAAGCAAAAAUUGGAAGGAGGACAAAGUAGACAGAUUCUGAAUGUCAAACCUCAAACUUACCCUCAUAAUAAGUCAAAACUGGGUUACUCUUCAAGUACCAGCAAAACGCUCAAAGAGGACAGAAAGACUUACGUCCGUGAAACACCAAAAACACCUGCAUCUGCGCCAUUUGUAUCAAUGGCAGAAAUGAUGAAAAGAUUCCAGUCAAGUACAAGAGACCUGCCAAUGCACACUCUAUCCCAUAUAAAACCAAAACUCACAUUGACCAGGCCUAAGGAACCUGAAUUUGAGACAACUCAGCGGGUUCGCCCAGCUAGAGUGAAAAGUGCUGCUGAGCUUGAGGAAGAAAUGAUGGCUAAAAUGCCAAAAUUUAAGGCUCGACCACUGAAUAAGAAGAUUAUGCAAACUCCAACUUUGCCUCCCUUGCCAAGAAGUGCACCUCAACCACCAGAAUUUAAGGAAUUUCAUCUGGAAACACUGGCUAGGGCUCAUCAAAAUACAGAUUCAGCUUCAAGAGCUUCAACAGAGGUGUCCCAUAAGGAGAAUUCAUCGAAAGUACAUUAUAGUGAGCCUAAAACUCCAGUACUCCAAACAUUACUAAGGGCCCGCCCAACAACUGUUAAAAGCUCAUUAGAAAUAGAGGAAGAGGAACUUGAAAAGAUCCCUAAAUUCAAGGCAAGACCUCUAAAUAAGAAGAUCUUUGAAAGUAAAGGGGAUAUUGGAAUUUCUUGCCAUACGAAGAAACAUGUUACUGAACCUCAAGAAUUUCACUUUGCAACAAAUGAAAGAUUUCCACCACCUGCUGCCGUGGCUGAUUUGUUUGACAAGCUUUCUUUGAAGUCUGAACCUGCUCGUAAUCACAACACAAUCCCAAGAACUACAACUCCAAAUCCAUUCCAUCUUCACACCGAGGAAAGAGGUGCUGAGAAAGAGAAAAAACUGCUCAUGGAUAUUUUGCAGAAACAAUUUGAGGAGGAAGUAGCAAGGGUUCCGAAGGCUAAUCCAUACCCUUAUACCACUGACUACCCUGUGAUCCCACCAAAGCCAGAGCCCAAGCACUGCACUAAACCAGAGCCAUUUCAAUUGGAGAGCCUAGUGAGACAUGAGGAGGAAAUGCAGAGGGAACAAGAAGAAAGACUUCGAAUGGAAAGAGAGGAAGCAAAAAUGAGAAAAUUUAAGGCACAACCAAUCAUAAAAGAGGACCCAAUCCCAGUCCCAGAGAAGGUCCGCAAACCUCUUACACAAGUUCAAGAAUUCGAUUUACAUUUGAAUAUUCGAGCUGUGGAUAGAGCACAAUUUGAUGGGAGGAUUAAGGAGAAAGAAAUGAUGUACAAACGAUACAGAGAGGAGAGUGAAGCAGCACGAAUGAUAGAAGAAGAGAAGGCAGUGAAACAAAUGAGAAGGACAAUGGUUCCUCAUGCUAGACCAGUUCCAAAUUUUGAUAAUCCAUUUUGUCCCCAAAAGUCUUCUAAAACAACAAAACCCAAGUCACCAAAUUUGCGUGUAUUCCAAAGAAAGGAAAGACGGAAGAUAUUCAAUGGACCAGCAUUCUCAAGUCCUGCUACUAACAUGAGAUAAAAGAUAUUCAAUGGACCAGCAUUCUCAAGUCCUGCUACUAACAUGAGAGAUAACUGAUGUAUCAAACUUGUGGACUGUGUUUGGUGUUCAAGAACUCUUGAAUCCUUGACACCUUGUGUUUGUACUUUUUUAAAACUCAAUUUUUUAUGUAUAUUUUUCUAUAACUUCAGCUAUUGGCAUCUGUAUAAAUGAAUGAUUUGUGAGAACUAUAUCCACAUUAAUAAUCCAAGAAAAUGAAAACUGAGGUAACGAAUUCAUUGAGGAAUA